AGGGAGGAUGAGAGGGAGAGAGAUCUGGAGAGCAGAGACCCCAUAGAAUACACUGCCUCUUUCUGUAGCACGCUCAUACACUCAGACUGGAACAGACUAAGGCAAAGAGAGAGAGAAAAACAGACGCACUACAAAAUACGCAACAAUAGCAGCUGUUGAAGCUCAAACCACCACAAGAGAUGGGGCCCGGAUUGUUUUGGAACUUCCCUUCAAAGGCUAACUGCACGGUGCCGCAGAGCCUGCUGCAGACCAUGUUGCUCUCCAGGAUGGCUGGGAUGAAGGAGCAGCAAUUUACUGAGGAGAAACCCCUACUACCAGAGCAGAGAGGACAAGAUACUGAGAUGAGAGACCAAGGGCGGUGUGUGAACGCACUCCCCUGCGCAAGCCCUGCGCCACUCACCGCCCCCUCUUCCUCAAGCCGCCCCCCACAACGGUGGCAUGUGAUCGCGCGGCACUGGCUCCACCAGACCCGCAAUCGGACCAGUGGGUGCAUCCCGGAGAACUGUGAGACCCUGAUGCCAAUUGGAGACUGGAAGGAACAUGACAUUGAGACUCCGUAUGGGAUGCUACACGUGGUUAUUCGUGGGGCCCCCAAAGGAAACAAGCCUGCCAUCCUCACCUACCAUGAUGUGGGGCUUAACCACAAGUUGUGCUUCAACAGCUUCUUCCACAACGAGGACAUGCAGGAGAUCACCAAGCACUUUGUGGUGUGUCAUGUGGAUGCUCCUGGACAGCAGAUUGGAGCCUCUCAGAUGCCACAGGGGUACCAGUACCCCACCAUGGACCAGCUGGCAGGCAUGCUGCCCAGUGUAGUGCAGCACUUUGGAUUCAAGAGCAUUGUGGGCAUUGGAGUUGGGGCUGGCGCUUACGUCCUGGCCAAAUUUGCUCUGAUCUUCCCUGAUCUGGUGGAGGGCCUGGUGCUGCUCAACAUCGACCCCAACGGGAAGGGCUGGAUCGACUGGGCCACUGGCAAGCUCUCUGGGCUCACCAGUGCUCUUCCAGACACAGUCCUGCCCCACCUCUUUAGCCAGGAGGAGCUGAUGAACAACACAGAGCUGGUCCAGAGUUACCGUCAACAGAUCAACAACACCGUCAACCAGGUCAACCUGCAGCUCUUCUGGAACAUGUACAACAGCCGUAGGGAUCUGGAGAUGAACCGCUCUGGGACCAUCAUCAAUGCCAAGACCCUGAAGUGCCCUGUCAUGCUUGUUGUUGGUGACAAUGCUCCAGCUGAGGAGGGAGUGGUUGAAUGUAAUUCCAAACUUGACCCGACCAACACCACCUUCUUAAAGAUGGCUGACUCUGGUGGACUUCCUCAGCUCACACAGCCUGGAAAACUGUCCGAAGCAUUCAAGUACUUCCUUCAGGGGAUGGGCUACAUUGCGUAUGUGAAGGAUCGGAGGUUGAGUGGAGGGCCAGUGCCCUCUGCCAGUAUGACCCGUCUGGCACGCUCCCGAACAGCCUCACUGACCAGUGGCAGCUCCAUUGAGAGCUCUCGUAUCCGGGGUUUUACACACACUGACAGCAACGAGGGCCAGGUCAGCCACACCAUGGAGGUGUCCUGCUGAACCCUCAAACACACACACGUAGAUAAACAGACAGACAGAAUGACGUUGGUUGGAGAGAGAUGAGUUUCUACUUUGAAAUUGUUAGUGCAGGAUGUUCUCUCUAUCUAUCUCUAUUUGUCUUUGUCCUAGUAUUAUCUUUCCCAAAGUUCCUCAGUAUUUGACAACUUUUGCCUCCCCCUCACUGUAAAAGGACACCAAUGUAUUACUCUCCCCCCUUAAACUUAAGAAAGUUUUGGUUUUCUUGAAUUGUCGUCUGUUUUGCUCAGUCUCCUCCCCCUUAAUUUUCUCCUGCACCCCCAGCCCUCCACCUGCGCCCGCCCUCCUCCACUCAGACCCAUAGCCUCAUCUUCCCCCUCCCACACUCAUCCGCUUGCCUGCCGAGAGAUUCUGUGAGGUGGUCAGUGAGGAUGGUUGGUCACUGGGGAAAAGACAUACCUGACAUUAUGUAUUAGGUUGCUCUAUUCUUGCUCUUUGUCUGGGAAGUUGAAGAUUUGACAGAAAGCAGCACACAGCCUUAUAUUUCAGAGGGGGUUUAUAUCACAUUGUGGAGGAUGUGUCUGUGUGACAGCUACUAGAUCAGUAUUCCCACUCCACAUUCCAUGCAUGGCGUUUUCCCAUUGAUUGUCAUAAAGAAGCAUAAAUACAUGUAGAGUGAUUCUAUACCCAUGUAGCCCACGUGACUCCACUCACCUGCAUUGGUAGGAGCAUCCACCCUAUAGGCAGUGUGACCACGGUCAUUUCCAGCUCCCUAAAAUGGAAGUAGUUCUGCCGAGGAUCGGUUCUUAGUGGUCUCCCAAAUGACAAUCACACCUUGACCCAAACCAAACCAGACCUAGGAGCCGAGGCAGAACCUGUUAGAUCUGAGAUGUUCUUCUCUCAGGUCAGAUAUACCAAAUCUACACACACACACACACACACUAACCUACGACGGCUGGGCUCUGUAAGGGGACCGAUUGAAAUGAUAUCGGCACAGAAGCACAAAACAUGCACAAACUUACGCACACAUGCAAACACUGUCAAUGUGUCACAGUUCAUGUAUUUACAUACCCAUAUGCAUAGCUCACAUAGAGAACUAACAUCCCACAGACCUCUUUUUCCCCUCAUGAUAUUGAGCUGAAAUACUGGUCGUUGUUAAUGGAGAGGAGUGUGCUGCUAGCUGCUGUGAUGGACGACCCAUUGAGUUAAGUCCUAUGAGGAGGAGCUGUUGUCCCUGACAAUUUGCACAGUAAUGUCUUUCUACAUUCUAUUUGCAUUCCUUAUUCUCAGUAAAAACAUCUCCCUAUUCUCUAUUUGAAUGUCAAUCUCUGCAUCCCCGACAAGGGUGAGGUGGGAUAACUACUACUGCAGGGUGCUUCCUGGGACUGUCUGUAAGGGACGGGACUUUUUUGGGGCCCAUUGCUCAAAGCUAGGAAUAUAGGGAAAUCCCACCCCCAACCACAAGAUGCCCUGCCCCUUACAGAUACGUCCAGUCGCCCCAAAAGGGCUAUCAGCUGAGGUCACUUUUCAGUUCAUAGUGUUGCCUGGCAACAGUGCACCAACGUACAACGGUCCCCAAGGGGUACACAGCAAAGAUUUUAGGACAGAGAGAUUAAUUCAUGAAUGACUUCUGACAAAGAGUGAGGGAAAGGGAGAGAUUAUGUCUGGAUGAAUAAGAGGAAUUUUCAUUUGUAAAGAUGGAAAGUGUGAGAGAGCUGGAUCUACAAAAUGUCUUGAUAGGGGGACAAUACGGGGGGGGGGGGGGGUAAUCGGGGGGAAUAAUACAUGUAAAGAGGGUAUGAGUGGGGCUUCUGGGAGAGGAUAUUGGGUCAGGUCAACAAACACUCCCUAAUACUCCUCCAAUCUGUUUGCAUGCACCUUAAUUUAAUGUGUGAUAUUCAAGGCUGUGGUCAUGCAUUUUCUCUCUGUAAGACUACUGUUGCUGUCAACUCUUGAGCAGGCCUGAUUUUGACCCCUCCCUCAGUCUCAUGCAUACUGCCUGGUGGCCCCUGAAUGUAAUUGGUCAUAUUGAAGUGCUGUACAGUAUUGUCCAAGUGCCCCCUUCCACCCACCCACCACCAUUACCCACUAGUGCUUGUACCUGCUUUCCCCCCUACCCUAACACCUACAUUGUAUCCUAACUCCUACCCUACCCUACACUGUACCCUAACUACUCCCUUACAUUGUACCCUAACCCCUACCCUACACUGUACCCUAACUCCUACCCUAACUACUCCCCUACAUUGUACCCUUAUUCCUACCCUACAUUGUACCCUAACUCCUACCCUACCUUGUACCCUAAUUCCUACCCUACAUUGUACCCUAACUCCUACCCUACAUUGUACCCUAACUCCUACCCUACAUUGUACCCUAACUCCUACCCUACAUUGUACCCUAACUCCUACCCUCCCCUACAUUGUACCCUAACUCCUACCCUACAUUGUACCCUAAUUCCUACCCUACAUUGUACCCUAACUCCUACCCUAACUUGUACCCUAACUCCUACCCUAACUUGUCCAAGAACCCAAGUCCUUCCAGGUCCUCCUUGCUCUGUAGAUAGAGCAGGUCAACUGAAAGAGCACUCCAACACUCAACACUAUUGUAUUGUGACAAACAGCAUUUGGUUCCUCUUUCCUAGAGUUCCUCUUUUUACACAACAAUAUAAUUAAGUUUUCUGUGGUGUAUUGGUUCUCGUGUAUUAUUAUUAUUAUUAUUACAGUAUUAUUGAUUGAUUUAUAUUGAGCAAUAAGUUGUUUGACUGUAUGGUUUCAUGAGUCUCCCCAACAUUGUUUCUGUUCACAGAGAAAGUAGGAUUGACUCUUACCUGCUUAGUCAUAAAAUGUGUAAUGUAAAGUUUAAAUAUACAUACAGUACAUAUACUGUAAGCUUUCUCUGUCCAUGUAUUGAACAUGUAAAGACAAAGAAAUAAAGACUUUAUGUCAGCAUGGAGUCA